UUAGGAGGAGGAACACCUCCUAACUGCCUCUCUCCGAUAAACACCUCGAGAAAGUGCUGGUUUUCAUCCUAAGGGAAGCUAUCGUGACACAUCUGAGUAUUGGUGGAUAACAAGCACAUGAUCAUCCAUCCAGAGUGACAGCAAGCAGGAAGAAGCAGACAUAUACAGAUCAAACAGUUUCAUAAGGAGGCAGAACAACUGUUAGACACCAUACAUGGAGAGACAUUUGAAUAUGUAAUCUUGAAAAAGGGGUGAUGCUCCUGACAUGAGUGAAUGGCCCCUUAUAUUGCAGAUAUGACAACAGAGCAGCCCCUCAUGGGCCCCUGGGUGCCCAGCCCAGCAGGGGAAGUGAAAUUAAUGCCUGAGGAGGGGCUGGAGGAGGAGCGAAACAGCUGCAACCAGGAAGUAAUGGACCAUCCUGAGGAGAGCGCCUCUGUAGAACCGACACACAUCAGUGACAGUCUGUGCAGUGAGGAGCCAUUUUGUCGGAUCUGCCACGAGGGCGGGGGCCUCGAGGAGCUGUUGUCCCCCUGUGAGUGCUCUGGCACCCUGGCCAUGGUGCACCGAGCCUGCCUGGAGCACUGGCUCACCGCCUCCAACAGCAGCCACUGUGAGCUCUGCCAUCACCAGUUUGCACUGGAACGCCUGCCAAAGCCAUUCACAGAGUGGUUGUGCUCUCCGUCCAUGCAGCACCAGAGGAGGACGCUCUGCGGUGAUGCAGUGUGUUUCCUGUUCAUCACGCCCCUGGCCAGCCUCUCUGGAUGGCUGUGUGUUCAGGGAGCUAUGGACCUCUACUACACCAAUGGCAUGGAAGCACUGGGACUCCUGGUUCUCACCCUGGCCCUCUUCACCAUAUACAUUUUCUGGACUGUGGUGUCUCUGCGCUAUCAUAUGCAUCUUUUCAGGACAUGGAAGCAGACAGAUCAGAGAGUGAGACUGCAGAUUCCACUGCCAGUACACAGCACACAAAACCACCAGACCCUCUCCAUAAACUUCCUCAGCAAGACCACCAACAAAGAGACCAUGGUGUAAUCCACAAUCUACAACACUGUAGACACCUCAAACCAGGGACGGAGGCAGCAAUGAAGAGGAAAAGUGCUUUUGGGUUUGCAGCACACUUCUUCAUCCACAGGUGUUAUGGCAGCUGACGGAGGAUUCCUUUGUUUUUUUAAAGAACAGGAAAGAGCUAGGACAAGUAGAGGACUGCUCAGUGAAAAGUAAAUUACACCAGCAUUUAAAUUGUCUUUUUUUUUUUUUUCUUUUCCAAGCUUGUUUUAUGAAUCAAGUAAUGAGACCAAAGAAGAAAAUGGUCUCUGACUUUGAGAAACUACCUUUAAAAAAGGGGCAAAGGCCAAAAAACAUAUCACUGUGAAGAACUGAUGCGAGAUCAUGUGACACUUUUCCCAAGUCAGAAGACUGUCCCCUGAAAAAACCCCUGUGAGGUUUUUCAAACAGUUAGCCUUGGAACCUGGUUUACUUCAGAUCAGUACACACUGACAAUCAAUAUUUUCUGAGAAAGAAGCCAAUUUUUUUGUGACGAUCCUGUGCAUCAGCUGCUUCACGUGGAAUGAGGUUUCCACCAAAUGAAAACAAUCUGCUGUGACUUUGCAGUUCUGGUGACUGCAGGUGAAAAGCGCUUGUACUGUAAAGAAAAAAAUAACCAAGUUGUACUAAUUGUACUUGUUUAGGAAACUUUAUUAUGGAAACAAUUUAUUUGUAUAGGUUAACUUCAACUGAGGCUUCAGUGCCUCUACAUUCCCACAUACCCAUUUAAAUUGGAUAAGUCAAGGCAAAAUUUAA